AUGGAUCGAACACAAACACCGUCUGCUGCAAGAUCAUACGACGAGAAAUCCAUGGAUAGCCGGAACGGGGACAGUGGCCUAGGGCCUGGUAAGAAUCAGGUCGUCACAGAUACUGGGGCAGACGUCGAUGGAGUGGAGCUGGCCAGUGUGAAUGGGAAUCAUCCACAACAGAUGGAAGCAGCCAGCAAAGCAACGCCUCCCACCAACGACGCCAACAAUGCAUCGAGUAUACCGGAUGGCGGUCUCGUGGCGUGGUUACAGGUCUUGGGCUCGUUCUUCCUCUUCUUCAAUACUUGGGGCAUCAUCAACAUGUAUGGUUCUUACCAAGCUUACUACGAGUCGACGAUUCUCAAGGACUCUAAUCCCUCGGAUGUCUCGUGGAUCGGCUCCAUCCAAGGCUUUUUACUCCUGUUCGUCGGUGCACUAUCUGGCCCCAUCUACGACAACGGGGGCUUCCGUUAUUUGAUCGUCUGUGGUACCAUCCUCAUUGUGCUCGGUCAAAUGACACUCUCUGCAUGCACAGAGUACUGGCAGGUACUUCUUUCGCAGGCGAUAUGUAUUGGUGGGGGCACAGGGAUGCUCUUCGUCCCCAGCGUCAGCAUCAUCCCCCAGUAUUUCAACAAGAAAGUUGGCGUCGCCCUGGGUCUCGCGUCCAGUGGGAGCAGUCUAGGCGGCGUCAUCUAUCCCAUCGUCUUCCACAAGCUCCUCCCACAAGCCGGCUUCGGAUGGACGACUCGCGCACUCGGCUUUCUCAUCCUCGGCACCCUCCUCGUGCCCAACCUCUGCAUGCGCACGCGCGUGCUUCCACCCACCAAGCGUAACCUCGUCGACCUCUCCGCCUUCCGCAUCCCAGCCUACAGCCUCAUGAAUUUCGGCUUCUUCAUCGGAUUCAUGGGCCUCUACAUGCCCUUGGUCUACUCGCAACUCUACGCCAUCCAGUCCCACAUCACCAACCCGGACCUCGCCUUCUACCUCCUCGCCAUCCUCAACUCAGCCUCCAUCUUCGGCCGGAUCAUCCCAAACAUCAUCUCCGACAUCACAGGACCCUUCAACGUCGUCAUCCCUUGCACCAUAAUGUCCGCCGUCAUCUGCUUCUGCUACAUCGAAGCACGCUCCUCUGCCGGCAUCAUCGUCCUCCAGGCCUUUUACGGUUUCUUCAGCGGCUGCUUCGUUAGUAUCCCCGCUACCUUAGUUGUCCAUCUCAGUCUCGACGCACGACACAAGAUCGGCACGCGCAUGGGCCAGAGCUUCGCGUGCGUGGCGAUUGGUUUGCUCGUCGGGACGCCAAUUGGCGGCGCCAUUCUGGAUACGAAGAGCGGGUUUACAGGGACGUGGGUUUACGGUGGAGUGUUGCUGUUAGCUGCUGCUGCGACGAUUGCGGCGGCGAGGGUUUGCCAUAAAGGAUGGGCGGUCAUGGUUAAGGCGUAA